AUGCGAGAAAUUUUACAUUUACAAGUCGGCCAGUGUGGAAAUCAGAUUGGAUUGAAGUUUUGGGAAGCGGUGUGUGAUGAACAUGGAAUUGAUCCAACAGGAACCUAUGUGGGUGAUUCAUCACUCCAGCUUGAACGAAUUGAUGUGUAUUUUACAGAAGCACAAGGUCAAAGAUAUGUGCCACGAGCAGUAUUAAUUGAUCUAGAACCAGGCACAAUGGAUGCUACAAGAGCAAGUGCAUAUGGGAAUUUAUUUAGACCAGAUAAUUUUGUUUUCGGACAAAAUGGAGCUGGUAAUAACUGGGCAACAGGACAUUACACGGAAGGUGCCGAAUUAAUUGAAAAUGUUAUGGAUGUUGUCAGAAAAGAAUCAGAGGGGUGCGAUUGUUUACAAGGAUUUCAACUCACACAUUCACUCGGUGGUGGAACUGGUAGUGGUAUGGGCACAUUAUUAUUAUCAAAAAUGCGCGAAGAAUAUCCGGAUCGUAUUAUGAAUAGUUAUUCUGUAUUUCCUUCGCCAAAAGUAAGUGAUACCGUUGUUGAACCGUACAAUGCAACGUUGAGUGUUCAUCAACUCAUUGAAAAUACGGACGAAUCAUUUUGUAUUGAUAAUGAAGCUCUAUACGAUAUUUGUUUUCGAACAUUAAAAUUAAAAACACCAACAUAUCAAGAUUUAAAUCAUUUAGUUAGUUCAGCAAUGUCCGGUGUAACAACAUGUCUGAGAUUUCCAGGUCAAUUAAAUGCCGAUUUACGCAAACUAGCAGUAAAUAUGGUACCGUUUCCUCGUUUACAUUUUUUUCUAUGCGGUUAUGCUCCACUGACAAAUGCUAAAUUAGAACAGUAUCGCAUAUUAAACGUGUCUGAUCUAUGUCAACAAUUAUUUUCUUCACAAAAUAUGAUGGCGGCAUGUGAUCCAAGACAUGGUAGAUAUCUAACGGUGGCCGCCAUAUUUCGAGGUAAAGUUUCAAUGAGAGAAAUUGAUGAACAAAUGAUGGCAGUACAAAGUAAAAAUUCAUCAUAUUUCGUCGAAUGGAUACCAAAUAAUGUUAAAACGGCCGUAUGUGAUAUAGCACCAAAAGGACAAAAAUUAUCGGCAACGUUCAUUGGUAAUAGUACAUCGAUUCAGGAAAUAUUUAAACGUAUUAGUGAACAAUUUACAGCGAUGUUUCGUCGUAAAGCUUUUCUAUUUCGUUAUACGGAACAAGGCAUGGAAGAAAUGGAAUUUACCGAGGCUGAAUCAAAUAUGAACGAUUUAAUCUCGGAAUAUCAACAAUAUCAAGAUGCUACACUUGAGGAUAAUCCAGGAGAUGAAGAACAAGAAUAA